CGGCCGCCGAGGUCAGGGCUGGGUGAACUCAUGGACCUGAUACUUUUCUCUUGAGAAACAAACCAGCUCAAAAGAAAAAUGGCGUUUGUUGCAACACAAGGGGCCACCGUGGUUGACCAAACCACUCUGAUGAAAAAGUACCUUCAGUUUGUGGCAGCUCUCACAGAUGUAAAUACACCUGAUGAAACAAAGUUAAAAAUGAUGCAAGAAGUUAGUGAAAAUUUUGAGAAUGUAACGUCAUCUCCUCAGUAUUCUACAUUCCUGGAACAUAUCAUCCCUCGAUUUCUUACAUUUCUUCAAGAUGGAGAAGUUCAAUUUCUUCAGGAGAAACCAGCCCAGCAACUGCGGAAGCUAGUACUUGAAAUAAUUCAUAGAAUACCAACCAAUGAACAUCUUCGUCCUCAUACAAAAAAUGUUUUGUCUGUGAUGUUUCGCUUUUUGGAGACGGAAAAUGAAGAAAAUGUUCUUAUUUGUCUAAGAAUAAUUAUUGAGCUACACAAACAGUUCAGGCCACCGAUCACACAAGAAAUUCAUCAUUUUUUGGAUUUUGUGAAACAGAUUUAUAAGGAGCUUCCAAAAGUAGUGAACCGCUACUUUGAGAACCCUCAGGUGAUCCCUGAGAACACAGUCCCUCCCCCAGAAAUGGUUGGUAUGAUAACAACAAUUGCUGUGAAGGUCAAUCCCGAGCGUGAGGACAGUGAGACGCGAACACAUUCCAUCAUUCCAAGAGGAUCACUUUCUCUGAAAGUGUUAGCAGAAUUGCCCAUUAUUGUUGUUUUAAUGUAUCAGCUCUACAAACUGAACAUACACAAUGUUGUUGCUGAAUUCGUGCCCUUGAUCAUGAACACCAUUGCAAUUCAGGUGUCUGCACAAGCCAGGCAACAUAAACUUUACAACAAGGAGUUGUAUGCUGACUUCAUUGCUGCUCAGAUUAAAACACUGUCAUUUUUAGCUUAUAUCAUCAGAAUUUAUCAGGAGUUGGUGACUAAGUACUCUCAACAGAUGGUGAAAGGAAUGCUACAGUUACUGUCAAAUUGUCCAGCAGAGACCGCACACCUCAGAAAGGAGCUUCUGAUUGCUGCAAAACACAUCCUCACCACAGAGCUGAGAAACCAGUUCAUUCCUUGCAUGGACAAGCUGUUUGAUGAAUCCAUACUAAUUGGCUCAGGAUAUACUGCUCGAGAGACUCUAAGGCCCCUCGCCUACAGCACACUGGCUGACCUCGUGCACCACGUUCGACAGCACCUGCCCCUCAGUGACCUCUCCCUCGCCGUCCAGCUCUUUGCCAAAAACAUCGACGACGAGUCCCUGCCCAGCAGCAUUCAGACCAUGUCCUGCAAGCUCCUACUGAACCUGGUGGACUGCAUCCGCUCCAAGAGCGAGCAGGAGAGUGGCAACGGGAGAGACGUCCUGAUGCGGAUGCUGGAGGUGUUUGUUCUCAAAUUCCACACCAUUGCUCGGUACCAGCUCUCUGCCAUCUUCAAGAAGUGCAAGCCUCAGUCGGAACUUGGAGCCGUGGAAGCAGCUCUGCCCGGGGUGCCCACUGCCCCUGCAGCUCCGGCCACCCCUGUGACCCCAGCCCCCGUGCCUCCCUUUGAGAAGCAGGGAGAAAAAGAUAAGGAAGACAAGCAGACGUUCCAGGUCACAGAUUGCCGCAGUUUGGUAAAAACCUUGGUCUGUGGUGUCAAGACAAUCACGUGGGGCAUAACAUCCUGUAAAGCACCUGGUGAAGCUCAGUUUAUUCCCAACAAGCAGUUACAGCCCAAAGAAACACAGAUUUACAUAAAACUUGUGAAAUACGCCAUGCAGGCUUUAGAUAUUUAUCAGGUCCAGAUAGCAGGAAACGGUCAAACGUACAUUCGUGUCGCAAACUGCCAGACCGUUCGAAUGAAGGAAGAGAAGGAGGUGUUGGAACACUUCGCUGGUGUGUUCACGAUGAUGAAUCCUUUAACGUUUAAAGAAAUCUUUCAAACUACAGUCCCUUAUAUGGUGGAAAGAAUCUCAAAAAAUUAUGCUCUUCAGAUUGUUGCCAAUUCCUUCUUGGCAAAUCCUACUACCUCUGCUCUGUUUGCUACAAUUCUGGUGGAGUAUCUCCUUGAUCGCCUGCCAGAAAUGGGCUCCAACGUAGAGCUCUCCAACCUGUACCUCAAGCUGUUUAAGUUGGUCUUUGGCUCCGUCUCCCUCUUUGCAGCUGAAAAUGAACAAAUGCUCAAGCCUCACCUGCACAAGAUCGUGAACAGCUCAAUGGAGCUCGCACAGACCGCCAAGGAGCCCUACAACUACUUCCUCUUGCUCCGGGCACUGUUCCGCUCUAUCGGUGGAGGUAGCCAUGAUCUCCUGUAUCAGGAAUUUCUGCCUCUCCUCCCAAACCUCCUGCAAGGACUGAACAUGUUGCAGAGCGGCCUGCACAAGCAGCACAUGAAGGACCUCUUUGUGGAGCUGUGCCUCACGGUGCCCGUGCGGCUGAGCUCUCUCUUGCCAUAUCUGCCCAUGUUAAUGGAUCCCUUGGUGUCUGCACUCAAUGGGUCUCAGACAUUGGUCAGCCAAGGCCUGAGGACUCUGGAGUUGUGUGUGGACAACCUGCAGCCCGACUUCCUGUAUGACCACAUUCAACCUGUCCGCGCAGAGCUCAUGCAGGCUUUGUGGCGCACCUUACGCAAUCCUGCUGACAGCAUCUCCCACGUGGCCUAUCGUGUACUUGGUAAAUUUGGUGGCAGUAACAGGAAGAUGUUGAAGGAGUCCCAGAAGCUGCACUACGUUGUGACGGAAGUUCAAGGCCCCAGUAUUACAGUGGAGUUUUCCGAUUGUAAAGCAUCUCUUCAGCUCCCAAUGGAGAAGGCCAUUGAGACCGCUCUGGACUGCCUGAAAAGUGCCAACACGGAGCCCUACUACCGGAGACAGGCGUGGGAGGUGAUCAGGUGCUUCCUCGUGGCUAUGAUGAGCCUGGAGGACAACAAGCACGCACUCUACCAGCUGCUCGCGCACCCCAACUUUACAGAAAAGACCAUACCCAAUGUCAUCAUAUCACAUCGCUACAAAGCACAAGACACCCCAGCCCGGAAGACAUUUGAGCAGGCCCUGACUGGGGCCUUCAUGUCUGCCGUCAUUAAGGACCUGCGGCCCAGCGCCCUGCCCUUUGUGGCCAGCUUGAUCCGUCACUAUACAAUGGUGGCAGUUGCUCAGCAGUGUGGUCCUUUCUUGCUCCCUUGCUACCAAGUGGGCAGCCAGCCCAGCACAGCCAUGUUUCACAGUGAAGAAAAUGGAUCGAAAGGAAUGGAUCCCUUGGUUCUUAUUGAUGCAAUAGCUAUCUGUAUGGCAUAUGAAGAAAAGGAACUCUGCAAAAUCGGGGAGGUGGCCUUAGCUGUGAUAUUUGACGUUGCAAGUAUCAUCCUGGGCUCAAAGGAGAGGGCGUGCCAGCUGCCCCUGUUUUCAUACAUCGUGGAGCGCUUGUGUGCGUGUUGUUACGAGCAGGCGUGGUACGCAAAGCUGGGGGGCGUGGUGUCCAUUAAGUUUCUCAUGGAGAGGCUGCCUCUCACUUGGGUUCUCCAGAACCAGCAGACGUUCCUCAAAGCGCUUCUCUUUGUCAUGAUGGACUUAACAGGAGAGGUUUCCAAUGGGGCAGUUGCCAUGGCAAAGACCACCCUGGAGCAGCUUCUGAUGAGGUGUGCGACACCUUUAAAAGAUGAGGAGAGAGCCGAAGAGAUUGUGGCAGCUCAGGAAAAGUCUUUUCACCAUGUGACACAUGAUCUGGUUCGAGAAGUCACCUCCCCUAACUCCACCGUGAGAAAACAGGCUAUGCAUUCACUGCAGGUAUUGGCCCAGGUCACUGGAAAAAGUGUGACAGUGAUAAUGGAGCCCCAUAAAGAGGUCCUCCAGGAUAUGGUCCCACCUAAGAAGCACCUGCUCCGACACCAGCCUGCCAACGCCCAGAUUGGCCUGAUGGAGGGGAACACGUUCUGUACCACGUUACAGCCCAGGCUCUUCACAAUGGAUCUUAACGUGGUGGAGCAUAAGGUGUUCUACACAGAGCUGUUGAAUUUGUGUGAGGCUGAAGAUUCAGCUUUGACAAAGCUGCCCUGUUACAAAAGCCUUCCAUCGCUUGUACCUUUACGGAUUGCAGCAUUAAAUGCACUUGCUGCCUGCAAUUACCUUCCUCAGUCCAGGGAGAAGAUCAUCGCUGCACUCUUCAAAGCCCUGAAUUCCACCAAUAGUGAGCUCCAGGAGGCCGGAGAAGCCUGUAUGAGAAAGUUUUUAGAAGGUGCUACCAUAGAAGUAGAUCAGAUUCACACACACAUGCGACCUUUGCUGAUGAUGCUGGGAGAUUAUCGAAGCUUGACCUUGAAUGUUGUGAAUCGUCUGACUUCUGUUACCAGGCUCUUCCCAAACUCUUUCAAUGAUAAAUUUUGUGAUCAGAUGAUGCAACAUCUGCGCAAGUGGAUGGAAGUGGUGGUCAUCACCCACAAGGGGGGCCAGCGGAGCGACGGAAACGAAAUGAAGAUUUGUUCAGCAAUAAUAAACCUUUUUCAUCUGAUCCCAGCUGCACCUCAGACUCUGGUCAAGCCUCUGUUAGAGGUUGUGAUGAAGACAGAACGGGCAAUGCUGAUUGAGGCGGGCAGUCCAUUCAGAGAGCCUCUGAUCAAGUUCCUGACUCGGCACCCCUCGCAGACGGUGGAGCUGUUCAUGAUGGAAGCAACCUUGAACGAUCCCCAGUGGAGCAGAAUGUUUAUGAGUUUUUUAAAACACAAAGACGCCAGGCCUCUGCGGGACGUGCUGGCAGCCAACCCCAACAGGUUCAUCACGCUGCUGCUUCCCGGGGGUGCCCAGACCGCCGUGCGCCCCGGCUCACCCAGCACCAGCACCAUGCGCUUGGACCUCCAGUUCCAGGCCAUCAAGAUCAUAAGUAUUAUAGUAAAAAACGAUGACUCCUGGCUGGCCAAUCAGCAUUCUCUGGUGAGCCAGUUGAGACGCGUGUGGGUCAGUGACACCUUCCAAGAAAGACACCGCAAGGAGAACAUGGCUGCCACCAACUGGAAGGAGCCCAAGCUGCUGGCCUUCUGCCUGCUGAGCUACUGCAAAAGGAAUUACGGAGAUACAGAAUUGCUGUUCCAGCUGCUCCGAGCCUUUACUGGUCGUUUUCUCUGCAACAUGACGUUCUUAAAAGAGUACAUGGAAGAAGAAAUUCCGAAAAAUUACAGCAUUGCUCAGAAACGCGCCCUGUUUUUUCGCUUUGUAGAUUUCAGUGACCCCAACUUUGGAGAUGAACUGAAAGCCAAGGUUCUGCAGCAUAUCUUGAAUCCUGCUUUCUUAUACAGCUUUGAGAAGGGGGAAGGGGAGCAACUCUUAGGACCUCCUAACCCAGAAGGAGAUAACCCAGAAAGCAUCACCAGCGUGUUUAUAACCAAGGUCCUGGAUCCAGAGAAGCAGGCAGACAUGCUGGACUCGCUGAGGAUUUACCUCCUGCAGUACGCCACACUGCUGGUGGAGCAUGCACCCCACCACAUCCACGACAACAACAAGAACCGCAACAGCAAGCUGCGCCGCCUGAUGACCUUUGCGUGGCCCUGCCUGCUCUCCAAGGCUUGCGUAGAUCCUGCCUGCAAAUACAGCGGCCACUUGCUUCUGGCGCACAUUAUUGCCAAAUUUGCAAUACAUAAGAAAAUCGUCCUUCAGGUUUUUCAUAGUCUUCUCAAGGCUCAUGCGAUGGAAGCUCGAGCAAUUGUCAGACAAGCAAUGGCCAUUUUGACCCCAGCUGUGCCUGCCAGAAUGGAGGAUGGGCACCAGAUGCUGACGCACUGGACGAGGAAGAUCAUCGUGGAGGAGGGACACACCGUCCCUCAGCUGGUCCACAUUUUACAUUUGAUAGUGCAGCAUUUUAAGGUGUACUACCCAGUGCGUCACCACUUGGUGCAGCACAUGGUGAGCGCCAUGCAGAGACUGGGCUUCACACCCAGCGUUACCAUCGAGCAGAGGAGGCUGGCCGUGGACCUGUCUGAGGUCGUCAUCAAGUGGGAAUUGCAGAGGAUCAAGGACCAGCAGCCGGAUUCAGAUAUGGACCCAAAUUCCAGUGGAGAAGGAGUCAACUCUGUCUCAUCCUCCAUUAAAAGAGGCCUGUCAGUGGAUUCUGCCCAGGAAGUGAAACGCUUCAGGACGGCCACCGGAGCCAUCAGUGCAGUGUUUGGGAGGAGCCAGUCGCUGCCUGGAGCUGACUCUCUGCUUGCCAAGCCCAUCGACAAGCAGCACACAGACACCGUGGUGAACUUCCUCAUCCGCGUGGCAUGUCAGGUUAAUGACAACACCAACACCGCGGGGUCUCCUGGAGAGGUGCUCUCUCGUCGAUGUGUAAAUCUUCUGAAGACCGCGUUACGGCCGGACAUGUGGUCCAAGUCUGAGCUCAAAUUGCAGUGGUUUGACAAGCUACUGAUGACUGUGGAGCAGCCAAACCAGGUGAACUAUGGGAACAUUUGCACUGGAUUGGAGGUGCUGAGCUUCCUGCUAACGGUUCUGCAGUCCCCGGCCAUCCUCAGCAGCUUCAAGCCCCUGCAGCGUGGCAUCGCAGCCUGUAUGACGUGUGGAAACACCAAGGUGUUGCGAGCCGUCCACAGCCUUCUCUCACGCCUGAUGAGUAUUUUCCCAACGGAGCCAAGUACUUCCAGUGUGGCCUCCAAGUACGAAGAGCUGGAGUGCCUCUACGCGGCCGUCGGGAAGGUCAUCUAUGAAGGGCUCACCAACUACGAGAAGGCCACCAAUGCCAAUCCCUCCCAGCUCUUCGGGACCCUUAUGAUUCUCAAGUCCGCCUGCAGCAACAACCCAAGCUACAUAGACAGGCUGAUUUCUGUGUUUAUGCGCUCCCUGCAGAAGAUGGUCCGAGAGCACCUGAAUCCACAGGCAGCAUCAGGAAGCACGGAAGCAGCCUCAGGCACGAGUGAGCUGGUGAUGCUCAGCCUGGAGCUGGUGAAAACGCGGCUGGCGGUGAUGAGCAUGGAGAUGAGGAAGAACUUCAUUCAGGCCAUUCUCACAUCGCUCAUUGAGAAAUCACCUGAUGCCAAAAUCCUCCGGGCUGUGGUCAAAAUUGUGGAAGAAUGGGUGAAGAAUAAUUCCCCAAUGGCAGCCAAUCAGACACCAACACUCCGGGAGAAGUCCAUUUUGCUUGUGAAAAUGAUGACCUACAUAGAAAAACGUUUUCCAGAAGACCUUGAAUUAAAUGCCCAGUUUUUAGACCUUGUUAACUAUGUUUACAGGGAUGAGACGCUGUCUGGCAGUGAACUGACUGCGAAACUUGAGCCUGCCUUUCUCUCCGGGUUGCGCUGUGCCCAGCCACUCAUCAGGGCAAAGUUUUUUGAGGUUUUUGACAACUCUAUGAAACGUCGGGUCUAUGAGCGCCUACUUUAUGUGACCUGUUCCCAGAACUGGGAAGCCAUGGGAAACCACUUUUGGAUCAAGCAGUGCAUUGAGCUUCUCUUGGCCGUGUGUGAGAAGAGCACCCCCAUUGGUACCAGCUGCCAGGGGGCCAUGCUCCCGUCCAUCACCAAUGUCAUCAACCUGGCCGACAGCCACGACCGAGCUGCCUUCGCCAUGGUCACACAUGUCAAGCAGGAGCCUCGCGAGCGGGAGAACAGUGAGUCCAAAGAAGAGGAUGUAGAAAUAGAUAUUGAACUAGCUCCUGGAGAUCAGACCAGCACGCCCAAAACCAAAGAACUUUCUGAAAAGGACAUUGGAAAUCAGCUGCAUAUGUUAACCAACAGACACGACAAAUUUCUGGAUACUCUGCGUGAAGUGAAGACUGGAGCACUGCUCAGCGCCUUCGUUCAGCUGUGCCACAUUUCCACGACUCUGGCAGAGAAGACGUGGGUCCAGCUUUUUCCCAGAUUGUGGAAAAUCCUCUCUGACAGACAGCAGCACGCUCUUGCGGGUGAGAUAAGUCCGUUCCUGUGCAGUGGCAGUCACCAGGUGCAGCGGGAUUGUCAGCCCAGCGCUUUGAACUGCUUCGUGGAAGCCAUGUCCCAGUGUGUCCCUCCGAUCCCCAUCAGACCCUGUGUUCUGAAGUACCUGGGGAAGACUCACAACCUCUGGUUCCGGUCCACGCUGAUGCUGGAACACCAGGCUUUCGAGAAAGGCCUGAGUCUUCAGAUUAAGCCGAAGCAGACAACAGAGUUCUAUGAGCAGGAGAGCAUAACUCCACCUCAGCAGGAGAUACUGGAUUCCCUUGCUGAGCUUUAUUCCCUGUUACAAGAAGAAGACAUGUGGGCUGGUUUGUGGCAGAAGCGUUGCAAAUACUCAGAGACGGCCACUGCCCUUGCAUACGAGCAGCAUGGAUUCUUCGAGCAGGCACAAGAAUCCUAUGAAAAGGCAAUGGAUAAAGCCAAGAAAGAGCACGAGAGGAGUAACGCGUCCCCUGCUAUUUUCCCUGAAUAUCAGCUUUGGGAAGACCACUGGAUUCGGUGCUCUAAGGAGUUGAACCAGUGGGAAGCCUUGACAGAAUACGGCCAGUCCAAAGGCCACAUAAACCCCUACCUCGUCCUGGAGUGUGCUUGGCGGGUAUCCAACUGGACCGCCAUGAAGGAGGCGCUGGUGCAGGUAGAAGUAAGUUGUCCAAAAGAGAUGGCUUGGAAGGUCAACAUGUACCGAGGAUACCUGGCCAUCUGCCACCCAGAGGAACAGCAGCUCAACUUCAUCGAACGCCUGGUGGAGAUGGCCAGCAGCUUGGCCAUCCGAGAGUGGCGGCGGCUGCCCCACGUGGUGUCCCAUGUGCACACGCCUCUUCUGCAGGCAGCCCAGCAAAUCAUUGAACUUCAGGAAGCCGCACAAAUAAAUGCAGGUUUACAGCCGACCAACCUGGGGAGGACCAACAGCCUCCACGACAUGAAGACCGUGGUGAAGACCUGGAGGAACAGGCUGCCCAUCGUGUCUGACGACUUGUCCCACUGGAGCAGCAUCUUCAUGUGGCGGCAGCAUCAUUACCAGGCUAUUGUAACUGCAUAUGAAAAUAGUUCUCAGCAUGAUCCAAGUUCAAAUAACGCUAUGCUUGGGGUUCACGCGUCGGCUUCAGCCAUCAUCCAGUAUGGAAAAAUUGCCCGAAAACAAGGACUAGUCAACGUAGCUCUGGAUAUAUUAAGUCGUAUUCAUACUAUUCCAACCGUUCCUAUUGUGGAUUGCUUCCAAAAGAUCCGACAGCAAGUUAAGUGCUACCUCCAGCUGGCAGGAGUCAUGGGCAAAAACGAAUGCAUGCAGGGCCUUGAAGUUAUUGAAUCUACAAACCUAAAAUACUUCACAAAAGAGAUGACUGCUGAAUUUUAUGCACUGAAGGGAAUGUUCUUGGCUCAGAUCAACAAGUCUGAGGAGGCAAACAAAGCCUUUUCCGCAGCUGUGCAGAUGCAUGACGUGCUGGUGAAAGCCUGGGCCAUGUGGGGUGACUACCUGGAGAACAUCUUUGUCAAGGAGCGACAGCUGCACCUAGGGGUGUCUGCCAUCACCUGCUACCUGCAUGCAUGUCGGCAUCAGAACGAGAGCAAAUCGAGGAAAUACUUGGCCAAGGUACUGUGGCUGUUGAGUUUUGAUGAUGACAAAAACACCUUGGCAGAUGCUGUCGACAAGUACUGCAUCGGCGUGCCGCCCAUUCAGUGGCUGGCCUGGAUCCCGCAGCUGCUCACCUGCCUGGUGGGCUCGGAGGGGAAGCUGCUCUUGAACCUUAUUAGCCAGGUUGGACGAGUGUAUCCCCAAGCGGUCUACUUUCCCAUCCGGACCCUGUACCUGACCCUGAAAAUAGAGCAGCGGGAACGCUACAAGAGCGAUCCAGGGCCCAUAAGAGCAACAGCACCAAUGUGGCGCUGCAGCCGAAUCAUGCACAUGCAGCGAGAGCUCCACCCCACCCUUCUGUCUUCCCUGGAAGGCAUCGUCGAUCAGAUGGUCUGGUUCAGAGAAAAUUGGCACGAAGAGGUUCUCAGGCAGCUCCAACAGGGCCUGGCGAAGUGUUACUCUGUGGCAUUUGAGAAAAGCGGAGCAGUGUCUGAUGCCAAAAUCACCCCCCACACUCUCAAUUUUGUCAAGAAGUUGGUGAGCACCUUCGGGGUGGGACUGGAGAACGUAUCCAACGUCUCGACCAUGUUCUCCAGCGCGGCCUCCGAGUCUCUGGCCAGGCGGGCCCAGGCCACUGCGCAGGACCCCGUCUUUCAGAAGCUGAAAGGCCAGUUCACGACAGAUUUUGACUUCAGUGUUCCAGGAUCCAUGAAGCUUCAUAAUCUCAUUUCUAAAUUGAAAAAGUGGAUCAAAAUCCUGGAAGCUAAAACCAAGCAGCUUCCAAAAUUCUUCCUGAUAGAAGAAAAGUGCCGGUUUUUGAGCAAUUUUUCAUCACAGACCGCUGAAGUGGAAAUUCCUGGGGAAUUUCUGAUGCCGAAGCCAACACAUUAUUACAUCAAAAUCGCUCGGUUUAUGCCCAGGGUGGAGAUCGUGCAGAAGCACAACACGGCAGCCCGGAGGCUGUACAUCCGCGGGCACAACGGCAAGAUCUACCCCUACCUCGUCAUGAACGAUGCCUGCCUCACCGAGUCGCGGCGGGAGGAGCGUGUGUUGCAGCUGCUCCGCCUGCUGAACCCUUGUUUGGAGAAGAGAAAGGAAACCACCAAGAGGCAUUUAUUUUUCACAGUUCCCCGGGUUGUGGCGGUGUCCCCACAGAUGCGCCUUGUGGAGGACAACCCCUCUUCACUUUCGCUCGUGGAGAUCUACAAGCAGCGCUGCGCCAAGAAGGGCAUCGAGCAUGACAACCCCAUCUCCCGCUACUACGACAGGCUGGCCACGGUGCAGGCGCGGGGGACCCAGGCCAGCCACCAGGUCCUGCGAGACAUCCUCAAGGAAGUUCAGAGUAACAUGGUGCCACGCAGCAUGCUUAAAGAGUGGGCCCUGCACACAUUCCCCAACGCCACAGACUACUGGACGUUCCGCAAGAUGUUCACCAUUCAGCUUGCCCUGAUUGGCUUUGCAGAAUUCGUCCUGCAUUUAAAUAGACUCAACCCCGAGAUGCUACAGAUCGCUCAGGACACCGGCAAACUCAAUGUUGCCUACUUUCGAUUUGACAUCAAUGAUGCCACUGGAGACCUGGAUGCCAACCGCCCCGUCCCUUUCCGCCUCACACCCAACAUUUCCGAAUUUCUGACCACCAUCGGCGUGUCUGGCCCAUUGACAGCCUCCAUGAUCGCUGUCGCCCGGUGCUUCGCCCAGCCGAACUUUAAGGUGGACGGCAUCCUGAAAACCGUGCUCCGGGACGAGAUCAUCGCCUGGCACAAGAAAACGCAGGAGGACACCUCCUCUCCUCUCUCGGCCGCUGGGCAGCCCGAGAACAUGGACAGCCAGCAGCUGGUCUCUCUGGUUCAGAAAGCUGUCACCGCCAUCAUGACCCGCCUGCACAACCUUGCCCAGUUUGAAGGCGGCGAGAGCAAAGUGAACACCCUGGUGGCCGCGGCAAACAGUCUGGACAACCUGUGCCGCAUGGACCCUGCCUGGCACCCGUGGCUGUGACCGCGACAGCUCCCACCCAGAAUGUGAAGGGCGCCUUGGGCUCCCAGCCCACUGGCUUUUAUGACUUGCCGCGGCCUUGCUGGUAAUUUUAUGUACGAAAGUCCUGCCGUUUUCCUGGGUGGUUAUUUUCCUGAUAGCGUGUGUGUGAAAGAGGGAGAAUUUAGUUUAGAGAGAGCCGAACUGUUGUGACUCAAGGCAAGGUAGCCAGAAACGGCAGAGCUGAAACUUCCUCCAAACUUUUAAAAUAAUCUUUUAAGAAACCCGGAUUGUCUGGUGUGGAAUCUGUGAAUUCUUUUCUAUGGCAGCCCUGCCGCCAUGUGAA